AUGACCCCCAAGACUUCGCUGUCUGAGGUAUGGCGGAGCUAUCUCGGGGAAGUCACGGUCAGCUGCGACUCCUAUAGUUAUCCAGUGGAAGUGGCUGAAGUACUUGCAAAGCAGUUCUCGCCCAGCAGCAGUGACGUGAACAGGCGUGAGAAGUUAUGGAUGAUCAAAGAGAAUCCAGAUUACCAUAAGAAUGUGGAAUGGCUCAAUGGGGAUUUAUCGCAGAAAGGUUUGAAUCUAAGCUCUGAAGAUCUUAAAGCCGUGGAGGAUGCUGAAAUUGUCCUUCACAUGGGAAGUUCCUUAAAUUUCAAGGAUCCAAUGCGCAAAGUGUUGCAGACAAAUUUAUUUGGAACGAUGGAUUUACUAGAGAUUUUAAAGAAUUCACAUAACUGCAAGUGUUUCAUGAUGGUGUCUUCAGCGUAUUCUCAAUGCACAAAAUGUUGCAAUCACAUUGAAGAAAAAGUGUACAUUCCGAAUUACCGACCCGAAAGCUUAAUCGAAUUGGUUGACUCAUUCCCAGCGGAAGUUUUAGAUAGUCUGGAAAAGCAUUUCAUGUACGAUUGGCCAAAUGCGUACACCUUCACCAAAUCCAUCAUCGAGUAUGCAAGCAAUGAUUACGCUAAUUGUUUUCCAGUUGGUAUAUUUAGACCAGGAAAUAUUACGUCCAGUUAUUUAGAGCCUUUUCCCUAUUGGUCGAAUAGCAAUUCGGGGAUCCUCGGAGCUAUCAAUCUUUUAUCCACAAACUUAGUGUCCAGUUUUUAUUUGAAGAAAGACGUCAACUCUCAUUCAAUUCCCGUUGAUUUGACAACUAACGCUUUAUUGGCUUCUGCAUGUCAAGUAGCCCAAGACAAGAAAAAAGUAGCUCAAGUCUACAAUUACACGUCUAAUGAUAAUCCAGUUUCCAUUUACGAAGCUGUUUCAUACGCACUUGGUGAAUCAUCCGAGAAAAUAUUAACAGAGAAUUAUUAUCUUCAUAAAUUGAAACACUAUUCGAUAACUUGUAGUCGUGCAUUGCUUUCUGAUUUGAUGUUAAUUGCGAAUGGUCAUAAACCGAGAUAUAUCUCUUUAAGCAGUAAUUGCAACAAAUUCAACGAAGCACUACAUUAUUUCAUUAACGCAAAAUUGAUUGUAGACAAUAGCAACAUGGAAAAAUUGUGGAACAAAUUGAGUAAAGAUGAAAGAGACUUGCUUUACUUUGAUAUAUUCUCAAAGUUGCAAAAGGGGGUGGCGAACCCCAUAAAAUAG